CCGCGUUUGAGAAUCCACAUCGGAUGCAUUUUUUACAUCUCGAGCGUUUUUUUAUCCACAUCUGACACAUCUGUCCCAUUACAUUUACGUAUACUGAAUCACGUGAUCAAAGAUUUUUUACAUCUCAGAUGCAUCCGAUGCAAUGAACUGGAGUGGGGUAGAAUGCUUGUCAAUAGACUUGAUGUGCGACUCUAUGGGCGAAGAUAGGUUAUUUUUUAUCUCACUCGGGAGUAUUUAAAAUAGCCAGUUUCUAUUUCACAUUGUUAUUGUCUGAUCCACCAGCUUGUGGAUUGAACAAUAACAAUGUGAAACAGAAAAUGGUUAUUAUAAAUACUCCCGAGUGAGAUGAACAAUAAAAAUGGCUGCGCCCAUCGAGUCGCACCUUGUUCUAAUAGUACAACAUGUACAUUGGCAUUCUACCCCCCUCCAGUUCAUUGAUCCGAUGUGGAUUCUCAAACGCAGCAUUAGGUCCACUCAGAGUCGGACUUGGGUAAGUCAUCCUUAAACUAAAAUCGAAGUUCGUUUACAACGUCUCUGAAGUUCCAGGUGGUUCCGGUGUUACACUUGAAUUUAGAGAUAGUAGCAAAUCUGUUACUAUUAAGUACAUUUACGGAGUUGUUACUACCCAUCUCUAAAUUCACGCGAUAUAAUCGAACUUCGUUUAAGGCAAGGACGACUCAGCUACGUCGGAGCACGUCGGACUUUGCUGAUAUCUGUUUAUAAAUAUGGACCCAAGGUCACAAGGUUUUUAUUUUUUAAUGUGUUUGUGUUAUUCUCUUUUUGGUAUGGUCUGUGCACUGAUGUCACUGUCACUAAUGGAUCAUAGUUGUGUUUGAGGUUAUAUUUUGUGUUAAAAAAUCAAAAAUGAUCAAGUCUACAAUAAACAAUAAUUUUUUAUUGAAUAAAGAAGUGAAACGCCGUUUUGCAAGCACGUCUAUAAAUCAACUCAAAAACAAAGUAUCUCCUAUUUUUACAAAUCGAAAUCCUAGAAAUCUAGAACGAUUACGAAUAGGUUAUAAGCCUGAUGGGUAUCAUGUAGAAUAUCCUGACAAACAAUUUUGGCACAAAUUACUCCUAAAAUCGUCCGGAAAAUAUGUCACAGCAAGUGUUUGCCACUAUCAAAAUGGAGAAAUCUUAACAGCAAGUACAUCAGAAUGGGCGAUUAAAAAGCAGUUAUAUAGGACAAUAGAUACGUCAUCUUAUGUAAACUUGGGAAGGGUUUUAGCUCAAAGAUGUCUUCAAGUUGGGCUGAUUGAGAUAAGUUGUUUCAUUAAACCAAAUAGCCCAAAUGAUAAAGUAUCAUUAUUUCUUAAAGCUGUAGAAGAAGGCGGAGUUAGUCUUACAGAACCACCUCAGUACAAACCCAGCAGACCUUGGGAUAUCGAUAGACCAGAAAAACCUUGGGAAGUGACUGAAUGAAUUUUAGUUUUGAUGAGGAGAGUUAAAUUUUUAAACACAAGACACUAUAACUAUUUUAUAAUGCAGUGAAUAUUAAUACAAAUUAUUUACUUACUGUAAAAUAAAAACCAAAGGGUUAUAUUGUCAUUAAAUUUCCUGUCAGUGUGGA